AUGCCGCCGAGCAGCAAGAAAAAGAAGAAGCCAGCCUCCAACCCGGCUCGAGGCUUUGCGACAGUCUCUACUCCCUCGAAGGCUAAGCCAGAGGCAACAGCAACACCUUCUCCGGUCACCGAAGAGUCAAAACCCACGCCGCAAACCGAAUCCCAACCUGAUCCCACCGCACCACCCACUGCAGAUGCCGCCGCGCCCCAGGCGACUUCGUCGUUACAAGACUAUACGCCGGAAGAACUAGGGAGACAUUUGGAAGAAGCAGAGCUCCAGAUCUUGGUGGACAAAUAUGCGACCAAAUGUAAAACGGACGCAGCGCGGCAGGCCACCAAGCUGGACACCGAACGCCGCGUGUUUCGACAACAAUCGACACCAUUGAGCCUGUUGGAGUGGUUACCGAAUGAGAUCCAAGACAGUAUUCUUGAAUUGGCCGGUACCGAAGAGGUGGAAUACCUUAUAGCGAAUGGGCGGAGCACAAGUCCAAAGCAGGCUAGCUCUGAAGAGGAGUUAUACUCUAAGCUCUGGAUUUUGAAAGAGACUCUGCUCAAGCUUGAGUUCCCCGAGCAUCGCGUUGAGGAUGCAUUGAAGCAUGUUCUGCAUUAUUUCGCUGGUAACUCCACCAGUGCCGGACGGGAUGUGGUGUGGAAUCUCGAUGAAGCGCUGGAAUGGCUGGCUAUGCACAGUGACAAGAAGGAAUUGCCCUCUUACACACAAACAACUCGUCAAUUAAAAGAUACAGAUGCUGUCACGUCAUGGAUGUCCGACUCAAAUCCUUCGGGCUCUUCGACUCCCCUUUCGUCCCGGAAUCGCGGCAAACAAGUGAACAAAAAAGCCGACUGGAAGGCAGCAAAGGUUGCUCCACCUAUCUCAUACGACUCAGACAGCUCAGUCGACCCAGAUGUCAUGGUUCCCGAAUGGCUGGAGCUGCAGACUCAGCUUUACAGGCUGGAGCCAGAUCUCUUUGAUCGCCCUGGAAAGGGCAAGAAAGGCCGUGGAGGUGCUGCGCAGCUGUCGGACGAUCCUGAGGUCUCAAAACUACAGCGCAAAAUUGCCAAAAUUGAGCGCGACGUACUUUUCGAACGCAGAGAAGCAGAGUAUAUUUGGGAUCAAAAGCUUGACGAGCUCAGAAAAGACGCUACAUUCAUUCGGCGCCCGGUGGAUAGAAAGAAAAAGUCUCCGACCGAGGCAGAGGACCAACCUAAGCCCGAAAAUGGCGAAGAGAUAGACCCCGGUCUACUGGAGAUCGAGGGAAUGGAGGAUGCCUUGGGUGACAUGUUCCAAACCGAGCCUGAAGAAUCCGAGUCCCUCCUGGGUCUUCCUCCACCAGAGACUAAGAUUGCGUUCACGAUCCGAGACUUUGGCAAGGCGACCGGUCUGAGUCCACGCCGGGUCUUGGAGGAGACUUGCAAAUCGAGAGACUCAUCUUGCGUGGUAGUCUACCGAGACUUUUCUACUUCAAGCCAUUCGAACCGAAAAGCGCUGGAGGUGCGAUGGUCGAAACCCCAAGAGGCACCAUUCCCGCUCGCGGUGGAAUCAAUUACACACAAGUCGAAUGCCUUGGCUACUUUUGUGUCAAUGGAUGCACUCACAACACCGAAUCCCCAGCAAGCUGAGGGAUACGUGUCGACUCUGGCCCUAUUCAUCCUGUUCCCCCAGAAUUCCAAAGAAGGCAAGGCCUACCUACGUCUACCAGCUGUUUGGAGGGACCUGUGGACUGAGUUUGCAACAUUGCAAAAGGCUCAACAAGACGAAGUUGACAAAUCCACCGUCAAAGCGUUGAAGCGUUUGGUCCAGGAGAAUCAAGGCACCUUUGAAGACGAUGUUGUCCUUUCUGACAACUUCCGGAAGAGGAACGGAGUUGGGAGCAAGCCCGGGACCCCGAUGAAGGGCUCUACGCGUGACAAUUACUCCGGCAUCGACGAGCGUCUGAAGGAUGUUUGGAUGGCGAAGUCGUCCACACCCUCGUAUCACCGCAUGAUGGAGGGUAGAAUGAACCUCCCAAUCUGGGGAUUCAAAAAUGAGAUUCUGAGCACGCUCGAUGAUCACCGAGUCCUCAUCAUUUGCAGUGAAACAGGCAGUGGAAAGAGUACUCAGAUUCCAUCCUUUAUUCUCGAGCAUGAGAUGCUUCAAGGCCGUCCCUGCAAGAUAUAUGUGACUGAGCCCCGUCGUAUCUCCGCAAUCUCCCUUGCUCGGCGUGUCAGCGAAGAGCUUGGGGAGCACAAGAACGAGGUUGGCACGAAUAGGUCUCUCAUUGGAUUUGCAGUGCGAUUGGAAAGCAAGUUCACUCAAUCCACGCCAUUGAUUUAUGCGACCACGGGAGUGGUUGUCCGAAUGCUCGAGCGCCCGGACGACUUCCAAGACAUCACACAUGUGGUCCUUGAUGAAGUUCACGAGCGCACAAUUGACAGUGACUUCCUUCUGAUCGUACUACGACGGCUAAUGCAGAAGCGUCCUGAUCUGAAGCUCAUUCUUAUGUCAGCUACCUUGGAAGCGCAACGGUUCUCCAAUUAUCUCGGUGGGGUGCCAGUCUUGAACAUUCCGGGACGAACCUUCCCCGUGGAGAUGAAGUACUUGGAGGAUGCAGUCGAGAUGACCAACUAUCGCUUGUCAGAGGACGCCCAGCACACUGUCCUUGACGACGAUAUGGACGAUCCACCCACCGAUGCUGACACGACCGGGGGGCUUCAAGCCAGUCUUGAUGGAUACUCCAGACAGACCAAGGAGACUGUCAUCAACAUCGACGAGUACAGAAUGGACUACGAGCUGAUCAAACGGCUGCUCAUGAAGAUCGCCACAGCACCAGAGAUGGCUCACUACAGCAAGGCAAUUUUGGUCUUCAUGCCUGGACUGGCAGAGAUUCGUCGCCUGAACGACGAGAUUUUGUCUGAGCGGAUGUUCCAGAGAGAUUGGAUCGUGCACACGCUUCACUCCUCAAUUGCCAGUGAAGACCAAGAAAAGGCUUUCGACGUACCUCCGGAAGGCACAAGGAAGAUUGUUAUCGCAACAAAUAUUGCGGAAACAGGUAUCACCAUCCCAGAUAUCACAGCUGUGGUUGAUGCCGGAAAGGAGAAGAUAAUGCGCUUCGACGAGCGACGUCAAUUGUCCCGCCUCGUUGAGUCGUUCAUCUCCCGUGCAAACGCCAAACAGCGUCGUGGUCGUGCUGGCCGUGUCCAGAAUGGUAUCUGCUUCCACCUGUUCACUAAGCACCGUCACGAUAAGUUGCUUUCUGAACAGCAGACACCGGAGCUGCUGCGUCUUUCCUUGCAGGAUCUAGUGCUUCGAGUGAAAAUCUGCAAACUGGGUGAAGUUGAGCAGACACUUCUUGAAGCUCUUGACCCCCCAUCUUCUAAAAAUAUUCGCCGUGCCAUUGACUCACUGAAAGAAGUCAAGGCUCUGACGAGUAACGAGAGCUUGACAUCCCUCGGAACACAGCUGGCCAAGUUGCCGCUAGAUGUUUUCCUUGGCAAAAUGAUCAUUCAUGGAGCCUUUUUCCGGUGUUUGGACGCGACUGUCAGCAUCGCUGCUAUCCUUUCUUCGAAGUCGCCCUUUGUGAACACGAUGGGUUCUAACACGCAGCGUGAUAGCGCGCGGGCGUCUUUCCGAAGAGGUGACUCGGAUCUGUUGACCGUGUAUAAUGCCUACUGCAGUUGGCGACGCACGAGGAGCACAUCAGGGUCGAACGAGUUUGCAUUCUGCCGAAAGAACUGCCUUAGCCCGCAGACCUUGCUGGCGAUCGAGGAUGUGAAGAUGCAACUGGUUGUGUCAAUUGUCGACGCCGGCCUUCUCAAUCUAGAUGCAUCCCAGAAAGCGGCUCUUAACCGUGCGCGCUCCAACAGCCGAAGCCGUCAGUUCUUCAUCAUCCCUGAAGAUUUCGAUAUCAACAGCAACAAUGACGUUGUGAUCAACUCAGUCAUCGCUUGGAGCUUCUACCCAAAGCUUCUGACACGCGAGGGCAAGGGCUGGCGUAAUGUCGGCAACAACCAGACAGUCACACUGCCUGGUGUGUCUGUCAACAAAAGAGCGGACUCGUCGGUCAAGUGGUUGUCGUACUAUAGCAUCAUGGCGCGUGCUCGUAACCUCAACGCGCACGAUACCAGUGCUGUGGAUGAAUUCGCUAUAGCUUUGCUAUGUGGUGAUGCUGAAUUCAAGCUGUAUUCGGGUGUCAUCUCCAUCGAUACAAACCGUAUUCGCUUCUCUGUGCGGGAUUGGAAGUCUAUGCUCGCACUGAAGAUACUCAGCAGCCGUCUGCGCGAAAUCCUUUCGAAUACUUUCCGCAAUCCGCACCGUCCACUGUCAUAUAAGCACCAGCAGUGGAUUGACAUAUGGCAACAGAUCUUCGCUCAGGCUGGUAAGCGAUGA